GGACCGCGCGUUGGGGCUGCUCGGUGCUGCAGUGGAGGCGGCGGCGCUGCGGGAGGAGGCCUCGCCGGGCAGCGCAGCGCGGCGCGGGGCGGCUCGGCACGGCACGGCUCGGCACGGCUCGGCACGGCGCGCCGGGCCCGCACGGCCCCAGGGCAGGAGGAUCCCGGCAGGCGCAGGGGCUGGGCGCCGGCCCCCGGACCCCUCGGCGGCGCAGAGCCGGAGCGCGGCGGUGGCAGCGGUGGCAGCGGCGGGGCCUCUCCUGGUGCUGAAGCUGUGAAGCUCCCCGGUGCCCGCCCGGCCCCCGCCCUCCGCCCCCCACCAUGCCGUCCAGCGGCGCCCUCGACGCCAGCAGCCCCGUGCCGGACCGCGAGGCGCUCGACACGCACAAGGGGGAAGAGGAGCCCGAGGAGAACCAGAGCAAGGAGGAGAAGCAGGAUCCGGGGACGCCCAUGAGGAAAGCCGGGCGGCCCGGGCGGAAGCGCAAGCAUGCCCAGGUGGAAAGCAGUGACACCCCCAAAGACAUCGCGGCCGUCCCCAAGUGCCCCCCGCCCUGCCCGGAGGAGCCCGCCGAGCCGCUGCCCAACGGGGACCUGGAGGCCGACGGAGCCCAGUGGAAGGGCGCCGAGGAGGGGGGCACGAGCCCCAAGGGCGGGCGCCCCGAGGAGGACGAGACGGAGAGCCUGGCGGACGGCGAGACGGGCCGGGCGCUGGAGAACGGCCGCUGCACCCCCAAGGAGGGCCUGGACGCCCCGGCCGAUGAGGGUGAGCUGGCCCCUUCCGACCCCCAGAAGAAACGCGGGAGGAGGAAACUCCUGGAGGCCGCAGAGAAAAGCAAGGAGGAGAAGGAGGAGAACAACUUUGACAGCCUGAAAAUGGAGGGCUCCCGCGGGCGGCUGCGCGGCGGGCUGGGCUGGGAGUCGAGCCUGCGGCAGCGCCCCAUGCAGCGGCACACCUUCCAGGCCGGGGACCCCUACUACAUCAGCAAGAGGAAGCGGGACGAGUGGCUGGCCCGCUGGAAGCGGGAGGCGGAGAAGAAGGCGAAGGUGAUCGCCGUGAUGAACGUGGUGGAGGAGACGCCGCGGGCCGAGCCCCAGAAGGAGGAGGAGGCCAGCCCCCCCGCCUCGCAGCAGCCCACCGACCCCGCCUCGCCCAACGUGGCCACCACCCCUGAGCCCGUGGUGGCCGACGCCGUCGACAAGAACACCUCCAAAUCCGCCGACGACGAGCCCGAGUACGAGGACGGCCGCGGUUUCGGCAUCGGGGAGCUGGUGUGGGGCAAGCUGCGCGGCUUCUCCUGGUGGCCGGGGCGCAUCGUGUCCUGGUGGAUGACGGGACGGAGCCGGGCGGCCGAGGGCACCCGCUGGGUGAUGUGGUUUGGGGACGGCAAGUUCUCGGUGGUCUGCGUGGAGAAGCUCCUGCCCCUCAGCUCCUUCUCCAGCGCCUUCCACCAGGCCACCUACAACAAGCAGCCCAUGUACCGCAAAGCCAUCUACGAGGUGCUGCAGGUGGCGAGCAGCAGAGCGGGGAAGAUCUUCCCGGCGUGCCCCGAAAACGACGAGACCGACACCUCCAAGGUGGUGGAGAUCCAGAACAAGCAGAUGAUCGAGUGGGCGCUGGGAGGCUUCCAGCCCUCCGGCCCCAAGGGCCUGGAGCCCCCCGAGGAGGAGCGCAACCCCUACAAAGAGGUGUACACGGAGAUGUGGGUCGAGCCCGAAGCCGCUGCCUACGCACCACCCCCGCCCGCCAAAAAGCCCAGGAAAGCACAACGGAGAAAGCCCAAGGUCAAGGAAAUCAUCGACGAGCGCACCCGAGAGCGACUCGUCUACGAGGUGCGGCAGAAAUGCAGGAACAUCGAAGAUAUCUGCAUCUCCUGCGGGAGCCUCAACGUCACCCUGGAGCACCCUCUGUUCAUCGGGGGGAUGUGCCAAAACUGCAAGAACUGCUUCUUGGAGUGCGCGUACCAGUACGACGAUGACGGUUACCAGUCCUACUGCACCAUCUGCUGCGGCGGCCGCGAGGUGCUCAUGUGCGGCAACAACAACUGCUGCAGGUGCUUUUGCGUGGAGUGCGUGGACCUGCUGGUGGGCCCGGGGGCGGCACAGGCGGCCAUCAAGGAGGACCCCUGGAACUGCUACAUGUGCGGCCACAAGGGCAUCUACGGGCUGCUGCGGCGGCGGGAGGAUUGGCCCUCCCGCCUGCAGAUGUUCUUCGCCAACAACCACGACCAGGAGUUUGACCCACCAAAGGUUUACCCGCCUGUCCCAGCCGAGAAGAGGAAGCCCAUCCGCGUGCUCUCGCUCUUCGAUGGCAUCGCCACAGGCCUACUGGUGCUGAAGGACCUGGGCAUCCAGGUGGAUCGCUACAUCGCCUCCGAGGUGUGCGAGGACUCCAUCACCGUGGGCAUGGUGAGGCACCAGGGCAAGAUCAUGUACGUCGGGGACGUCCGAAAUGUCACCCAGAAACACAUACAGGAGUGGGGCCCGUUCGACCUGGUGAUAGGGGGGAGCCCCUGCAACGACCUCUCCAUCGUCAACCCGGCCAGGAAGGGGCUGUACGAGGGCACCGGGCGCCUCUUCUUCGAGUUUUACCGCCUCCUGCACGAAGCCCGGCCCAAGGAGGGCGACGACCGGCCCUUCUUCUGGCUCUUUGAGAACGUGGUGGCCAUGGGGGUGAGCGACAAAAGGGACAUCUCGCGCUUCCUCGAGUCCAACCCCGUCAUGAUCGAUGCCAAAGAAGUGUCUGCGGCACACAGGGCGCGGUACUUCUGGGGGAACCUUCCCGGUAUGAACAGGCCGCUGGCGUCCACAGUCAACGAUAAGCUGGAACUCCAGGAGUGCCUGGAGCACGGCAGGAUAGCCAAGUUCAGCAAGGUGCGAACCAUCACCACCCGCUCCAACUCCAUCAAGCAGGGCAAAGACCAGCAUUUCCCCGUCUUCAUGAACGAGAAGGAGGACAUCCUGUGGUGCACGGAGAUGGAGAGGGUCUUCGGCUUCCCGGUGCAUUACACGGACGUGUCCAACAUGAGCCGCCUGGCCCGGCAGAGACUGCUCGGCAGAUCAUGGAGCGUGCCGGUGAUCCGCCACCUCUUUGCUCCCCUGAAGGAAUACUUUGCCUGCGUUUAAGAGAGACGGGACAGGAACUGGUAACACAGAGCGCGUCAGAAACAAAACCAUCCACGCCAAGAGAAGUGAAAACACGGAAUGAGAGAAGAGUCAGCACCCAGAAGAGAGACGGGAUUUCGCAGCCCGACGGGAACCCGGCACACGUCUCCCCGAGCGAAAGGGUUUGGUGUCCUCUCCUGAAUUUCCAAUGUUCAGCUUUUAGCCUAUUUAAAAAAAAAAAAAAAAAACGACAAAAAACAAAAAAGAACAAAAAACGACAAAAAAGAAAGGAAAAAACAAAAAAGAAAACAAAAACAAAAAAAAAAAAGAAAAAAACCAAAACCAUUUUUUUUUUUUGGGUAACCUUUAAGUUUUCCGCUCUUUUCUGGCUGGGUUUUUCUGUUCGUUUGGUUUCUGCUUCUCGGAGCAGCGGGCGAGCCGCGGCGCUGUCGCCAGCCCUGCUCUCGGAGGAGGGGAAACGGCCGCGGGAAAGCCCAGCCGGGAGAGGCGGAGGCGAGGGAGACGGGACCGGGACCGGGACCGGGACCGGGAGCACAACGCAGGGAGGCGCUCGGCCAGCUCCGCAACCGACUGAGCCUCACUCUUUUUUUUCCACCAGCACCAUGCACUGGUGAUAUGGAGCAAAACCAACUGGCAGGGAAGCCACGAACACAACACACCACAACACACACCUUUUCUACAGUAUUUUGGGUGCCUACCACACAGGAAACCUUGAAGAAAGCAAAACCCUAGAAGCCGCUGUUACCUCUUGUUUACAGUUUAUAUAUAUAUGAUAGAUAUGAGAUAUAGAUAUAUAUAUAUAUAAAAGGUACUGUUACUACUGUACAACCUGACUUCAUAAUGGUGCUUUUAAACAGCGGGGUGAGUCAAGACAUCAGCUUCCAUGUUGCCUUACGUGCCAGGCCUUUCCGGAGCUGCGCGGGGAGGGGGGCCGGGGCGGCCGGCGGGGCCGGGGCGGGAAGCCCCCACCCCGAGUCAUGCAAUAACCUUUUUCUGUCCCAAAAGGAAGCGCCUCCCUCGGCGGCCGCCCAGGCCCGACGUACUGGUGCUGUUCUGCGUACGUGGCCCUGAGGGUGCUGAGGUCCGGGACGCGCCGGCGCGGAGGCAGGCAGGGACGCAGGCGGAGCAGGGGGGGGGCGGCCGCGGGUUGGGGGGCUCGGACCCUGGUGCUAACGCCCCACGAGUGCGGGGCCGGGACGGGGCAGGAGCCUGUGUGCCACGGUCCCCCCCAGGAGCCGUUUUUUUUUGGAGCGCGUUUUUUGGAGCGAGCCCCUCGGUGGUGCCGGUGGCCGCAGGGGCCGGGAGCCGUGGUGCGUGCGGGCAGGGCGCAGGCAGGUGCUGGCGGUGCUGUGGAUGGUGCUACUUUGUCUGGCAGCUCUAGGUGCUGCGGGGGGCCGGGGCAGGGUGCGGGUGCGUGCCCAGCCCAAGGCUCGGGGGGGGGCCGGGGUCGGUGCUGUGAGGGAGAGGGGGCUCCGCCAGGGGGGGAGCGCAGGGACUGGUGCUAAGGCGCGGGGAGGCUCGGAGAGGUCUCCGGCCCCGUCGCCGUCUCUUCCUGUAACUGUGAAAGGCACCGAGGAGGGGGGACACCUGUGCAUGGGGGGGCGGGGGCCAGGCCGCCCAUCCCCUGGGACCCCCCCCUCCCCGGCUGUCGCUGGAGGGCCGCCGGCAGCUCGGUGCGGGGUGCUGGUAAUUCGCAGCGAGCCGCGCUGGUGGCGAGCGGGCACCCGUGGGUGCCGCGGGGUGCUCGGAGAGGUGCUAGGACCCACAGCGGUGGGGGCAGGUGGAGGGGGCGCCCCGGUUCCCCCCCCCCAGCUCCCUCCACAUGGUGCUAGGAGGGGCUCCUGAGCCCCUGUUGUCGGUGUGUGGCGGCAGGCGCGGGUGGCACCAGGCUGAGAUGCUCUGCAGGGCACCGCGGCUGGGGGCUGGGGGCAGGCAGGAUGCGGCCCCCUCCAGCCCUGGGGUCUGAGAUGGGGCCGUGGGCUCCAGCUCGGCCCCAGGGCUGGGUCCCAGGUGGCCCCGCAGUGUGGGUUGAGUCUCGCAGGGGUCUGCACCGCCGCAGCCCCGCAUGGUGCUGGGUGUGAGUCCUGCCCGGCCCCGCAGCGCUGGGUGCGGGUGCUGCGGUGCCCUGCGGCACCGUUGGCGAGCCUUGCACGGCCCCGCAGCACGGGGUGCAAACCUUGCACGGCCCCGUAGCUCUGUGUGCCCGUCCUGCAGCGUGCUGCAGAACCAGCUGCGAGCCCUGCGUGGCCCCGUUUGGGGGUCCCACACGGCCCCGCAGCACGGGGUGCGCGCAUGGCACGGCCCCGCAGCGCUGCUCUCGGCUCCUGCACGGCCCUGCAGCGGUGCCUGCGGCUUGUGCAAGCCCUGCACGACCCUGCAGCGCCGGGCACGAGCCCCGUGUGCCCCGGCAGCGCCGCUCGGGGGUCCCUGCGGACCCCACGGUGCGUUCCCCGGGACCCGCUCACCCCAUGGCACCUCCCGUGGGUCCGGUCCCCGGCGCGGCACCGAGCACAAGUCGCGCGCAGCUCCCGGCCCCGCCGCAGCGCGGGGGCUCCUCCGCCCACCCCGGGCGCCCGUGCCUGGGCCGCCCGGGCUGGGCAGAGGGGCCGGGGCCGGUGCCGGUGCCGGCGGAACGCAGGUUCCUGCCGCGGCACAACUGGAAGGCGCCGGGGCUGCUCGGGGCACCGGCACCCCUUUGGUGGCCGCCGGGUCUCCGUGGGGCCGUGGGGAUGCGUGGGGAAAGAGUUCAGUUUUUAACGUACCCGACUCACGUCUUUUUUUAAAAAAAACAAACAGACAAAAUUUUGUUGCACAGCCCUAGAUUUAAAACAGUUAAAAAUAAAAAUAAAAAAAAAAUAAAAAAAAUAAAGCCUAAAUUCCUUAAGAUCCGCCGAGGGAGUAGGUGACAAACACGGUGCUAAAACAUUUUAUUAAAAAUAUAUAUUGUUAAAUUAAGUCUGCUGUCUGGACAAUGACUGUUUGUUUUGUUUUCUUGUAGUGGAGUUUCAAAGAGCACUAUUAUUUUACUCUUAUAUAUUAUUAUUAAAAAAAAAAAAAAAAAAAAGAAAAAACAAAAAAGGCAUUUUAACUUUGUACUUGAAAACUAAAUGAGAGAUUUCAUGUGUUUUAGCCUAGACAUUGAAGUAGCUGAUGCUUAACUAUUUGUGGGGAAUCAUGUACUCAUACCGAGGAAUAAACGCGUAGAGUUUGGGAUCCCUCCUCUCCUCUGAUUUGGCUCAGCCCGCGCCCGACGCCACAUUCCCGGCCGCGCCGCCCGGCCCCCAGCUGCUGUUCCUCCUUUUCAUUUUCUCCUUUUUUCUCUCUCUCGGUUCGUUCCUUUUUUGUUUUUUGUUGGUUUGUUUUUUUAGGGUCGCUUCUCUAUUUAUUGACGAUGAUACUGUACAUUUCACCGUAUGGUUCUGGCCCGCGGCGGGCUUGCCCGGCACUCUGUUGUAUCUGUGUAAGUAUUGCUCGUGACAUAGCUGUUAUGAACUAAUUAAAAGGUCAAAUGCGUGCAGCAGA